AAAAAUGAUGUGUUAUUAAUUGAAUGGAGAUACGAUGUGGGAAUGUGGUAGAGAAUACAAAUUAAUAGAUGGCAGAUGGGUCGAAGCAGAUAAAUUAAAUAAGAUUAAUUAGGCAAUAAAAGAAACUAUAAACGAGAAAUAAACUGAAUAAUAAAUGAUAAACCAAAAUUAAGAAGAUAUUUAAAAAGUUUAGAUUUAAUAGGAUGUAAAAGAUUAAGAAGAUAUCUAAAAUCAGUAAAAAGAAAAACAAUCAUAACUAGAUAAAGAUUAGAAAUGAUAUAGAUAAUUUGAAUUAUUUAAAUAGCAC